AUGGAUAAAGUAAAAGUUAACACUAGUUUGCUUCGCAAAAUAAGGCGGAAAAGAAAAAUUAAAUACGAAAACAGAAUAUUUCAUAAUGAUUGGACAGAAAAAUAUGCAUUUAUUGAAAGAAACAAUAAACCUAUGUGUUUAAUUUGCAAUAUAGAACUUGCUCAUAACAAGACAUGCAAUGUUAAACGUCAUUAUGAAACAAAACAUAAACAAUUUUCUGAAGAAUAUCCGUUAUGUUCAAAUUACAGAAAGAAUAAAAUUGAAUUGCUCAAAACGAAAAAUAAAAAUCAACAACUAAAUAUUUCAUCUUACAGCCAAGAAUCAAUUAAUACAACAGAAGCAAGUUUUGUUAUAGCAUGGAAUAUUGCCAGAGGUAAACAUCCUUAUACCGAUGGAGAAUUUGUAAAGCAAAACAUUUCAGAUGUCCUGUCGGUUUUAGAUCUUAGUAAUAGCAAAAUCCAAAGAUUAGUAUCACAAAUUCCUAUUUCUCGACAUACAACCGAAAGAAGAAUAUCUGAGAUUAGUAUUGAUGUUGAACAGCAAUUACUAAACGAUUUAAAAAACUGUGAAGCAUUUAGUUUAGCUGUAGAUGAAUCAACAGAUAUUCAAGACAAGCCUCAAAUGGCUGUAUUCGUUAGAUAUGUGACUUCAGACGUAAUUGUAAAAGAAGAGUUACUAGAUUUAGUUGAGUUGAAAGACACAACUCGUGGAGUUGAUAUCAAGGAAGCCCUUGACAAAGCUCUGCUUAAAGCUAAUGUACCUAUCAACAAGCUUGUUAGUGUUGCUACAGAUGGUGCAUCAGCAAUGGCUGGAAAACAUUUAGGACUUAUAGGCUUAUUAAAAAGUGACCCUAAGUAUCCAGAAUUUAUCCCAAUUCAUUGUGUUGUUCAUCGAGAACAUUUAGCUGCAAAUCAUUUUAACUUUCCAAUUGUUUUUAAAUCUGUUUUAAAGAUUGUAAAUUAUAUUCGAGCAAAUGCAAAAAAUCACAGACAGUUUAGAAACUUUAUAAAUGAAUUGGAUCUUGCUGACGAGCCAAGUGACGUGUCAUUUUUCUGUUCUGUAAGAUGGCUUUCAAGUAGUGACGUUUUUUAUAGAUUUGUAGAACUAUUAGAGCCAAUUAAAUGUUUUUUGAUUGAAAAAGAAAAGACAUUUGAAAUCCUAGACGAUAUAAAUUUUGUGCAAGAUCUUUUAUUUUUGACUGAUAUAAUGCAACAUUUAAAAAGUCUGAAUUUGUUUCUUCAGGGAAAAGAAAAAAAUAUAUCUGAUCUUGCACAAACGAUAUUUAGUUUUCAAAAAAAAAUUAUUCUUUUUCAGAAAGAUCUUAGCUUGAAAAAAUUUAAUCAUUUUCCUCAAAUGAAGAAGAUGAUUACUUCUAAUCCUUCAAUUCAGUAUGAUGACGAUAAGAUUGAAUCAUACUUGGACAAACUAAAGGAUUUACAAAAAGACUUUCAAAAAAGGUUUAAAGAUUUGCAUGAACUAAAAUCUUCUUUAGGAUUUAUAGUAAAUCCUUUUUUAAUUAAUAUUAUUAGUAAUGGCUGUCCAAUUCCUGAAAAAAUGCUUGAAGAUAUAUCUCAAUUUGAAAUGGAACUACUAGAUCUCCAAGAAGAUCAAAAUCUACUUAUGCUGCAUAAAACAAUAACUUUUAUGGAAUUUUGGAAGAUAGUUCCCGAGGUUAAGUAUCCUCAACUUAAAAAGAUUGCCAUAAAAUUCAUUUCAAUUUUUGGUUCAACGUAUACAUGUGAAUCUUUAUUCUCUACUAUGAAAUUUGUCAAAUCAAAGUAUCGUGCAAAUCUAACCAACGAGCAUUUGUCUGAAUUACUUAGAACAGCCACUACAAGUUUGAAACCAGAUUUUAAGAAACUUACCAGUAAAGUUAUGAGUAUUAGUUUGAUCAAAGUAAAAAAUUGA